GAAUCGAAUGGACCGAGAUCAUCAAUCUUAUUCCGUAGUUGAGUAUUACAGCGCUCACGUUAUGGCGGCAAGUUUAUUUUUUUGAAAAAAGAAGAAGAAGACUGGAGCCACCAAGAAAUGGACGCAACAGAAGGGAACGGCGGAUUGCCGAGGGGCGAUUGUCCUUGAAUUUAUAUAGCCAAACACUAACGGGAAGGUCCUAUGCACACGCACAAGAGAGAGACCAUGUGUGUGAGCUGGAGAAGAUCCAACCCAAAAAGACAAGGAGGUUCAUCUCCGUAGGGAGGGAAGAGUUGAACGUCUUUUUAAAAGAAAAAACCAGUCGGGUCUGUCGUCUUUCGUCUCAGUCAGCGUCGGCCGUCUGAACGAUACACAACUCCUUCCGAGCGAAAUUUUGUGUGUUUUUCCAGCAUUCCGUCCGUCACGAGGAAUUCGUACCUUUCCGUCGUGGGAAGUUUGGACCAGCCGACGCGGAUUUCUGUUCUAGUGCGACGCCCGUCGACGAUGGAGUCGCAAAUCAGCGCCCGGCAGACGAUGCUGGACAAGAUGAAACGGCCGUUUGUCAACAACCGCAGGUUCAACCGCUACUGGAACAGCAUCCAGCUCAAUCUGACCCGCAAUUCCGGAUAUUACGCCUUGGUUUCGUCGCUCAUGUGCCUGUGUCUCAUCGGACUCCGCUCCAACGGCGAAUAUCACGAUCACGAUGAAAUCGAUUCCGAGCUGCACUACAGUUUCCACAACUGGGAACCAAAGAAACCGAUGGAAAUUCACCCGCGUGAACGGCGAGCCGUGGAUUCGUCAGAUGGUGAACCAAAGAUAAUCCUUUUCUGGACGAAAUACCACGGAAGCGCCAGUUUCGAUUUCGGAUUGGGUUCAAGACCGUUCGAGACGGCCGGCUGCCGGGUUUCCAACUGCAAAACAACCACCGACAGGUUGUUGCUCAAUGAGUCACACGCCAUCAUUUUCCAUUCGGGAAAUCUCAACAUCUCCGACAUGCCUCCCGUUCGUUUCGAUCACCAGCGCUGGAUCUUUUAUUCCUUUACAUCGCCAGUCAAUUUGGCUCCCAUCCCGAAAUUCUUACAAGACAAAUUCAAUUGGACAAUGACUUACCGCCGAGAUUCCGAUAUUAUUCAUCGCUAUCCAUUCGGAUCUCUGGUGGCCAGUAAAACGAUGCGCAAGAGUUACGGCAAAACGCGUCCGACGGCCAACUCUGUGCAGCGUCGGAUUCCGCACAAGAAGAAGCUCGUCGCCUGGAUUACGUCAACUUGCCCGACGUCGGUGCGGCGGGAAAAUUACGUGCGCCAGUUGGCCAGGCACAUCUCUGUCGACAUUUACGGCGGGUGCGGUCACAAAUACUGCGGCAGUCACGAACAGUGCAUGAAGAUGCUCCGUGAAGAUUACAAGUUCGUGCUGGCCUUUGAGAAUUCCCUGUGCACAGACUACGUCUCGGAGAAAUUGUACACGGCGCUGGAGAAUGGCGUCGUGCCCGUCGUCUACGGUGAGGCCGACUACCGGGCCUACGCCCCCAGCUAUUCUUACGUCAACGCCCGCGAUUUCGGCUCGCCAAAGGAGUUGGCCGAGUACCUGUGGCUCUUGCACCAGAACGACCAUCUGUACCAAAACUAUUUCUCGUGGAAUCAAGACUACAUGGUGGACAGGUUCCCCACCGACGGAUGGUGCAACUUGUGCCAGAUGCUACACCGACCCAUCGAGUCGCAGGCCUAUUCCGACGUCCAGCGUUGGUGGGCCGAGGAAGUCACUUGCACCUCCAAUUAUCACUUCAAUCUCACCGUCAGCAACAAUCUAGAGCCGGUGGCGUCCAAUUCACUCCACUAAUUAAGUGUCGCCCUGAUGUGGUACGUGUGGAAUUCAAUUCAAAAACCCCUUUUUUUUUAUUCAAAUUUCAAUCAAAAGAAACGAAUCUGAUGCGCGUCAUCUGCUUGCUUCAGCCCCAUUGUUGUUCCAAUUGAGAAACAACCUUAAUCCUUCCACAUUCGAACAAUUAAUUAUACGAUUACUAGUUUAUGCCGGUUUGAAUUGCCAAUUUGUGUAACAUCCUAAACGCGCGGAAACCGCCAAUGGACGGCCAUUUUUUUGCUUAUUUAUGAGAUAAAAUUGAAUUUGUUGUGUCCUAACAUUUUUAAAACGAGAAUCUGGUCGAGAAGAAGAAUAUGUGUUGACUUUGCGCUACAUCGUUUCAUAUUGUGAAAAGGUUUUUUUUAUUUGUCCAUCGCUAUUUUUUCUAUCGAAAAAAUGUUUUUAAGAAUUUGCCUUUCCGGUAGUAGAGUUCCGCUACACUCGAUUUGUAGGGAAAUAAAGAAAAGAUGAAUGUUGGCUGAAAUACGGUGUGUGCUAUACAAGCUGUUCGUUUACUGUCACGGUAUCAAGUGAAUAUAUAAUUAGUGGCCCUCUGACGUUUGUUGUCAGCUGUUUCUGUGCGUGGGCACAUCCAAUGUGAUGACGUCUGAUCAAAUAAAUGUUUUCCCACCAGAAA